AGAGAGAGAGAGUUUAUCCAUGAUGCCUCAGCUCAUGCAAUACUUUUAAUCCGUGUGUAUCUCUUCCAACCCAAACCCCAUCUAAAAAAACUCACUCAUUCUACGGCGAAAGUUCCUUCUAUCAAUGUUUUCAAAAUAGAAACCAGCAGACAGAAAAUGUUUUCAAUAUAAAAACCAACCAGCAGACAGAGAGAAGCAGUGUAUAGAGCAGGAAAGACAGACAGAAAUCAUGGAACAAGUGACGCAAUAAGAGGGACCUACUGCUUAAUUUUUUACGGACAAAAACGGUCACUUUCAAUGAUUUUUCAUUGGUGGUGGUUCUGUUAAUUGCCCAAAUCUAAUCAUCCUCUCUGAGAUCUUAUUCUUGAUCAGAAGAAAGAAAAAAAAAAUCCUCUACGCUUCCUCUACCAUUGCCUUUCUUUUAUUUUUGAUCAAAUAAAAAAGGAGAGCAGUGGUUUUUGUGACAACUGCGAACUGUCUUCUGAAAGGAAAAUUGUAGAUCUCAUUAUAUGAAGCCAUUUUUCAGUCUGGUGGAUGUGCUUCUAGUGCUUGUAUUUUUCAGUCAUGUUACAUGGGCUGUCAAUGGCACCUCACAUUGCAAACAGACGGACUCAAGGGUGAUUCGGCCUCACAGUGUCAGUAUUACCGAAUUUGGGGCAGUUGGAGAUGGUGUCACUAUCAAUACGAUAGCGUUUCAGAAUGCCAUCUUCUACCUCAAUUCAUUUGCUGACAAAGGUGGGGCCAAGCUUUUUGUCCCAGCUGGCCGGUGGUUGACAGGAAGUUUCGAUCUCAUCAGUCACCUAACUUUGUGGUUAGAUAAGGAUGCAGUAAUUCUUGGAUCGAAGAAUUCUGAUGAUUGGCCAGUUGUUGAUCCUCUGCCUUCCUAUGGCAGAGGUAGGGAGUUACCUGGUGGAAGGCAUCAAAGCCUCAUAUUUGGCCGCAAUUUGACUGAUGUAAUCAUAACAGGUGAUAAUGGAACUAUUGAUGGCCAAGGCAGUGUUUGGUGGAACUGGUUUAGAAGUAAAACUCUGAAAUAUACUCGGCCCCAUCUGGUUGAGCUGAUGAACUCAACUAGCGUUGUAAUCUCAAACUUGACUUUCUUGAAUUCUCCAUUUUGGACCAUCCACCCAGUAUACUGCAGCCAUGUCAUAGUCCAGAAUGUCACAAUCCUAGCUCCUCUGGAUUCACCAAACACGGAUGGGAUUGAUCCAGAUUCUUCUGAUGAUGUUUGCAUUGAAGACUGUUAUAUUAGCACUGGUGAUGAUCUAAUUGCCGUCAAAAGUGGGUGGGAUGAGUAUGGCAUUUCAUUUGCUCGCCCCAGCGCAAAUAUUACAAUCCACCGGCUUACGGGACACAAUCGAAAUGGCUCUGGGAUUGCAAUUGGAAGUGAGAUGUCUGGAGGUGUUUCUGAAGUUUAUGCAGAAAACCUCUAUUUUUUCAAUUCAAGCACAGCUAUUAUAAUAAAGACAGCUCGUGGAAGGGGUGGCUAUGUGAGAAAUAUCUGUAUAUCAAAUGUUACCUUGGUUGGUGUAGACACAGCUAUAAGGUUCAAUAGUAAUUUUUCUCAGCAUCCAGAUGAGUUUUAUGAUCCAAAUGCUCUCCCUGUAAUAGAAAGGAUUACUGUUAAAGAUGUCAUAGGAGAGAAUAUAAAAGUUGCGGGCCUCCUCAAAGGCAUAGAAGGUGACAUUUUCCAUCAUAUUUGCUUACUGAAUGUUGCUCUGAAUGUAACCUCAGAUCCAUGGAACUGCUCAUAUAUUCAAGGAUACUCUGCUUUGGUUUCCCCAGAAACUUGUGAACCUCUGAAGGAAAGUAUCUACCCCAACCAUUCUUUAGAUUGUUUUCAUCUAUCAAAUCAUUUGUGGAGUUCAGGUAAUCAAAACAGAGGUUCUUGGUUGCUUUCUAGCCCAUCACCUCGCUAAGGAAAUGAUGCCCGACAUAAGAAGUUGAUUGGAGUGGCUGAUAUGUGGUUCCUGACCUGUAAGAUGGUGUUUAGAUUUUUUUUUUCUUUGUAACUUUGUGUGCAGUAACAAAUAAUUGAGUUAUUUGUCAGAAAAAUGAAAAUAGAAGGCUUUUUUUGAGCCUUCAACUUUGGUUUGUUAUACUCUGAAAUGCGAAUGGAUUAAAUUUUGGUAUGUUACCUAGAGCAAAUUAUUCAAAAGCCCAAUGAAAACAGACUUUUCAUGUGCUGUGUAAUUGCUUGAGUUGCCUUGGCGUGAUUGUGGCCUAUCUUGUCUGUUUCCUGGAAAGUUACAUCGUUUGUAUGAAAAGGAAAGGCAAUUUCCGUACUUUUGAAGGAUAUUUAGAAGUGCUCAAGU